UCCGAACCUCCAGAACAUGCCCUACCAGCAGCCCCAGCAGCCCACCAUGUCCUACCGACCCUACCUCUCCAAGAGCUCCCUGAAGAACCAGAUUGAGAUCACACUGGAAGGGCCGCGGCCACGCAGCAACUCCCCAGUCCACAAUCCCCAGGGUCCGUCCUACUACAUGGCCACCAGCCCGUCGCCCGGCUCCCCGUCACGGGCCAUCAGCAUGACGGGUCCCGCGGGUACGACCUUCCAUCACGGGGUGUACCUUCACCAGGGCCCGCAGCGGCCCCGGCCAGCCUCCUCCCCGCAGCCCGCCAGCUCUGCCUACUUCAAGAUCAAAGUGUCCUCGGGGCAUCCACACAGACCCGCCGGCUCCCCGCCGGUGGAGGCUGAGCCGCUCCUCAACAUCGUGGAUCAGGGCGAUCGCCACGGGGCCCCUCCUCCCAUCCUGCCCAUCACGGCCGGCAUCGCCAGCCACAUCAAUCGCAUGACGCGCCGCUCCAGCUCGGGCUCUGAUGACUAUGCAUACACCCAGGCUCUCUUGCUGCACCAGAGGGCCCGCAUGGAGCGCCUGCUGAAGGAGCUGUGCAUGGAGCAGCAGAAGCUGGAGAGGCUGAAGGCUGAAGUCAAUGACAUGGAGUAUGAUGCUUUGCAGAGACGAUUCAGGAGAGUCAACAGCACCAGCCUCACCCCCAGGCCUGAAGAGAUGACCAGACUGCGCACCUUAAACAGACAGCUCCAGAUUGACAUUGAUUGCACCUUGAAGGAGACAGACCUGCAGUCUAGAGGGAAGUUUGAUCCGAAAGGCAAUAACAACUUCUAUGACAACAUUCAGCCCGGUCCAGUGGUACCACCAAAACCCGCUAAGAAAGAGCCUUCCAGACCAGCGCCGAGAGUCCAGAGGGACGAGGACUUUGAAGGAGCCCAGUGGAACUGUGACAGCUGCACCUUUCUCAACCACCCGGCGCUCAACCGCUGCGAGCAGUGUGAGAUGCCGCGCUACACCUGAGCCCUACGGCGGCGCCACGCGAUGUCACGCCACAGCACGCCAUGCCACGACCCUCCCAUCUUCCCGUCCCCUGCCUGGCGUGCCAUCAGUUGAUCAAAUGAUCGAUCAAUCGAUGAGACUGCCCCCUGCUCCCAAAUCUUCUACAGCCCUAACUAAUCGUCAAUCUCAUCAUGCCACUUUUCCGGGGGUCCUACUGAUUGUUAUUCAGAGACACUUGAGACCCUCCCCUUUCCCUUUUUGUCUCCCCAUCCCUAAAUUCCUCUUUCAAGCCCAGCAAUAACUGAGCCCCUCCCCACCCCCCUCCCUCCUUUCUAAGGAAGAGCCACUCCAUUGAACCCCCCCCCCCCCUCAGAGGAGCUUCCUGCACUUACCUGUGAUAUCCAUUGGAGGACGGUGAUGCUUUAAAGAGGGAGGUGGGAGACUGUGUCCAUGUACAAACGAGUAAAAGACAAGAAAGGCAGAAAGGGAGUGAUCAGCCAUGGAUAAGAGGAGUUUACAAAGGGGCGGAGCCUUUGGAGGCGAAAGAGGCGUGGUUUACCGAUCUAGCAUUCCAUGCAGAAUGAAACUGUUGUGUUUACACACAUGAAGCCCCAACCACAGCAAGUGCGGGGCAUCGCUCCUCUAAGAGUGGGACAAUAUUUUGACAAACAGCAGGGGUCUGAAAGAUAUAUUAUGUAGACUUUACACUGUACUUGCUCUGCAUAAGAGCUCCUCUCAUUGAAUGAAGAACACUAAGAGACUUGUGUAUAAAAUAUAUACCUGGUACUUUUAUGCAUACUAUGCCACACUGUAUUCUGUGUUAAAUAUGUUGAUUUCCUGUGCAAAUGCCUCAACUUGCUGUAUGUAAUAAAAUAAAGGAGCUGAUUCUCUGUGACACCU